AUGUCCUACACCAUGAUGACAACUCUGUUGAUAACCGUUCCUACCUUGGACGACGUCGGGAUUGAGUGUCUCGGGGACAUUGCACGUUACGGUUGGCCCAUCUCCCACAGUGACGAGCGGGAAAGAAGGCAGUGGUGCGGGAUCGCUCGCUACUGGUAUCAGAAAAAAUCAAUGGGGAGUCCCCAUACAGGACGAUUAAAUCAUCAUCUCGCUCUGCUUGCUACGAGUGCACUCGAACAGCUUACACUACUCGUGAAAUCCUUGACAUGCAUAUCUGCACACCAACAGUCUCAAAGCUCCGUCAUAAGUAUCUUCAAGGCUAUGCUCGACAGGGCCAACUCGAUACCGCAGCAGGCGCAGUCUUUCGAUGACCUUUCCACUCGCCCUCCGUCUCCCUCUUGCAACUCGAGUUUCUGCUUUCCUCAAGAACGCUCCUUUGGCGAAUGGAGUUUGAGAUUUGUAUUCUUCUUCGAGGAGUUCGAAUACACGAGCAACUCCACCAUGGCGUUGAAGUAUAGCUUGAAGCAUAAACUUCAAGAUACUUCCAUUGUCGACCCGGCAUGCUAG